AUGCAGCGGCCGCAGGCCGCCCCACACGGGCCCUCCAAGGCGCUGCUCGUGGGCCUGCUGGUUUUCGCAGCCAUCUUGCUUCUGGCCCUUCCCCUGCUCAGCUCGAGGGAGCACUCGCCCCAGGGCCCUGCCAACGGCCUGGAGUCCAAUGUCAGCGACGUGUGCCUCGUCCAGGUCUCGAAUUACCGAGUGGGAGACGACCAUCUGGCAGAUGCCAGCAUGUACGCCUGGUCUUUCUAUGCCCUCCGGCACGGUUAUCACUACGUGAGGGUGAUUGAGACGGAGGCUGGCUCAAAACCGGACGAAAACUGGCAAGAGCAGAAGUGCUCGAUAUCUUGGUGCAAGGGUGCUGCCGUGCAGCGGCUGCUGCCGCAGUGCAAGCUGCUUGCCUUGCUGGACAUCGAUGUCAUCAUGGUGGAUUGGGGCACGCCGCUGGAAGAUUUGCUGCACAUGUGGAACUUUACAGGCGAGCUUAAUCAUAGCUCGCUGAUCCUGCAGCCCCUAGACCCUGAUCUGCCUUUCAACUGGGUGGAGCUGGAGGACCCCAAGGGGACGGAAACCGGCAAAACGCGCCUGCUAGCAGCCAAUACGGGCUUCAUGGUGUUCAGGAACAGCCCUGAGACGCAGGCCAUCGUCGAGCGCUGGCUGCGCUGCCCCGACGAUGUGCCGGAGUGCGACGGCAGCCGCCACUACUGGCCCUGCGACCAGGGCGCCUGGAACACAUACAUCCGCCCCACACUGCACCCCGGCCAGCUGGUGCUGGUACCCUGCGCCGAGGCGAAUGGGUUCCCCGAUGCGCCAUCAUCGCACAGUGGCGGAACGUGCAUGGGUGGCCAGUAUUUAAGCCAUUACUGGAUCGAGAAAUUCCGACUGCAGGAGCUGCUCGACGCCACCUUCCAUGAAAACGCGAAGGAGGCAGUGCUGGGCUACUUGAGGAGGGAGGGAGACCUGCGCAUUUUGCAGUGA